AUGCUUCGUCGCACCGCCUCCGCGUGCGCCGCCGGUGGCGUCCUCGCGGCCGGCGCCUAUGCGGCGCAGGGCGGCGACGAGGGCCGCCGCUCCGUCCUGCUCGGGCUGGCGCGCGCUGACGAGCAGCUCCGCCCCGCUCUGGCCGCUCUGCUUCCGGCAGAGGCGUUUGUGGCACUGUACUCGGCAUCUCGCACGCCCUUCCUCGGUGCGCUCGCUGCGUCGGCCGGCUGCGGCGCCCUCCCGUCGGCACCGUCGAUCGGCCUCCGCGCAAUGGGCCUGAGCUUCCGCAACGACCUGGGCAACGCGGCGGGCCUCGACAAGGACGGCACGCUGCUCGACUUCAACUAUGCGCUCGGCGCGGGCUACGCGGUCGUCGGCACCGUGCUCAGCGACCCUCACUCCGGCAACCUGUUCGACUUCCUCGGCGGCCUCUGGCGCGGCAACGCGUGGACGCCGCUGCCUUCGUCGGGUGGCGCGCUCAACUCGCUCGGCCUCCCGUCCAAGGGUGUGGAGCCGGCGCUCCGCAACAUCGCCGCUUUCCGGGAGCGGCACGGCGUGCCGCCGCAGCGCGCCGAGCACGGCAGGCCUGCCGGCGACGGCGGCGCAUCAUUCCCGGUCGGAGUGUCGAUCAUGGGUCAUCCAGCGCAUGGCGAUCCCGCCGACAAGCUGGAGGGGGUGCUGCGCUGCGUGCGCCUCUGCCUGCCGCUGGCCGACUUCAUCGAGAUCAACGAGUCGUGCCCGAACGUGCACCACGGCGGCGGCCACGGCGGCGACGCGACGGCAGAGCUGCGGAAGCGCCUCGAGGCGAUCGUCGCCGAGCGCGACGCCGCGGCGCGGGGCGGCGGGCGGCGUGUGCCGCUGCUCGUCAAGCUCGGCGACCUGGGGGAGGCAGAGGGGACGGUGCGAUUCCUCUCGAGGCUCGGCAUCGACGGCGUCGUCGCGCUCAACACGCAAAAGGACUACGCGUCCUUCGAGCUGCCUCCCGCCGACCGCGCCCUCCUGGACAGCUACACGGCGCGCUACGGCGGCGGCCUCAGCGGGCCUCCCAUCCUCGACCGCUCGAGCGCGCAGGCGGCGGCGGCGCAGGCGGCGGUGCGCGAGCUCGGCCUGGCGGGCAGGUUCGUCGUCGUGCAUGUCGGCGGCGUGCAGAGCGCGGCGGACGUGCAGCGCAGCCGCGCGACGGGCGCCGAGCUGCGGCAGUGGUACACCGGGCUGAUGCACGGCCUCGCGCGCCCCGAGCCGGACUUGCUCUACGAGCGCGUCACCGCGCCUGAGCGGCACCAGCGCCUCCGCGCGGCGAUGCGGUGAGGGCCUGUGCCCCGGCAGACGGCAUCGCGGGCUCGGAAGAGCGACAGUCGUACUUUCUCUCUGCAUGCGCCGACUUAUCUACUUGUACAGUACACCGCAUGCAUGCGCCCGCGCGUGUCCCCGGUCGUCCGCCGCGGGAGUGCGGUUCUUCGAUCGCGUGGCGUAGGUCGACGCGGCGCAACCAGGGACUUUUCUUUGCGUUCUUGUACUCAGUAAUGACACGAUACUGU